AUGGUUUCCAUCCAGGCAUUUGACAGCGACAAGGCUAUUCUCAUUUCUUUGAAUAUAGUUUUUCUUCAUCAAGCCAUUUUUACUCAUGCCCAGAGGAUUAUCAAAGAUUAGAACUUUUUGUUUGAUAUCAAAGCCCAAGAAUAGCUUUCUGCAAAGGCUGCUCAGAUGCAGAUGAGCUUCCCUUGAUUUCUCACUACUCCUCCGUAAGCGAAGAAAAAAUUGUUUAUGAAAAACUUUUUAUAUAUAUAAAGUGAUUAUUAGUAUAAUGAAAUCUCUUGCUGAUUCUGUUUAAAUUUAAAAAAUUUGCAUUUUAAAACAUAAUUUUUACAAAUUAAAGAAAUAUUUGCUUCCAAUUUUUGUGAAUGGGAUUCUUUAAAUUUCGAAAAAAUAAUAGGUAAAUAGCCUUUUUUGUAAUAGUUUCCUCACAAAAAGGAAGCUUAUCGACUAUAGCUGGUAUCGGUAGCAACUAUGGCCUAAUUGCUAUGGUGUAGACGUCCCGAGAAGGAACCGCUCAGGACAGUAGAAUCUGCUUCCCUCUCGGCUUAUCUUCAAGCCUCGGAACGAUUCAUACUCUAAACUGAACCGAGGAAUGACAGUCGCUAAUGUUGCCAUUUUAUUGUGACCACUCAUACCCAAAAAAUAUUAAAUAUAAACUUUUAUACAAUUUUAAUCCAAAAAAUCUCAGAAAAGCUUCAGCCUCCAUCUGAGUACCUUGACUAUUUAAAUAAACGAGCAGAAGCAAUCCAAGAUUUUGACCUCAAAAAACAAUAUUUUAAAGAAAUCCUCAACAUCUACAAAACCUCUAAAAUGCAGAUCAGCCUUAAAGCUCUUCCUUCAAUAGCCCAGAUGAUCACUUUUGAUGAUGAACCGAUUAUUAUUGAAGCAGUCGACGUCCUAAGCCUUAUGCUUCAAAAUAAUGAUGAAUCCAUUAAUGCAAUGAUUUAUAAUGGAGUCCUUAUAGAUUUACUCAAAUUGUGCGGAAACAAGUCCUCAGAAAAAAGCUAAAUCUCAAUAAUUAAUAAAAAAUAAUUUUUUAAAAAAUAAUUUUUAAAUAAUUAAUUAAAACCAGAAAAAAUUAUCAAAGCAGCUAUCAGCUUUUUACUAGAAAUCACAGAAAUUAGCGAGCAAGCAAGAUUUCUUUUGUACUUUUCAGGGAAAAAGGAAACACUUGCAAAGUUAAUAAUGGCUGAAAACAAACUAAUAAGCACAAAAGCCAUUGACAUUAUUUAUAAAGUCUAUUAUCCAAAUGAAGAUGCUAUUCGAAAGCUAUUUUCAUAUGAAAAAUUAUCCAUUUCUAAAGAAACUAAUGAAUCCAAAGGUUGGAUAAAUAACUAUUCCAUUGCAAUAAUAUUAAACCCCCGCUCUGUUAGAGAAUAAAAUCAUUGGAAAAAUUCUUAUUUUUUUGGGUAAAAUCCCAUUUUUAGGCAAAUAAAAUUUUUAUGAUAAAAAUAUCUUGAUAUAUGCAAUUUUAAACAUCUUGCAUUUUAAAACAUAUUUUACAAAUUAAAUUAAUUUUUAUUUUUUAAUUUUUGUAAUUGGGAUUUUUAAAGAGCUUACUGAGAGAGGAAGGAUUAAGCAAAGUUAUAGAAAGCGUGCCAGAUGAAGUAGAAAGAAUUAUCGAGCUGAAAAUUAUUGAUUCUUUAUUAGAAUCUUUAGGAGAGCAUUCAAUUAUCAUUGUAAAUACUUCAUUAAUGUGCUUGUCACAUAUGAUUAGGUCUGGAGAAAAUAAAGAUAAAUCGGAAAACCCUUUUGUAGCAGCAUGCAAAAGCUCUGAUUUUUUUAAUUACUUACAAAAGCAGGCAGAUAUUUUAUUUUUCUAUUUUCUAAUUAUUUUUUCUCAAAACUAAUAAUUCAUUAUAUAUACCCUUUGAAUCAGUAAAACAAAAUUUUCUUUAUUAUCAGGAUGCCGAGUUAGAGCAAUUAGCUGAAAGAAAUUCUCUUGCAAAAUCUCUCUGUGUGCAAUGCUUAAAAAAUGAAGAAGCAAUGAGCUCUAUUUAUAUGGAAGAUCUUGAAAUGAUGCGAAAAUCCGAAAAAAUGGCACUUAAAGAAAGUUUGCAAUCUGUAGAUGGAGGAGAGGAAGUAGAGUUUACUGUUAAUAAAGAAUUCAAUUUGAUGUUUAGACCAGAAGACAUCGAAGGACAAUGCUCUAAUGAAAAAGAUGUUGAGGAAUUUGAAUUUGAAACAUCACUGCACAACAAUUUCGGUAGAAAUAAUAAUAAAAAAGCGCUUUUUAAUACCUCCAAUAAUUCCAUAAAUAAUAAAGACAAAGAUUGCAAGGAAGCAAAUACUUUAAAGCCAAUUUCUAUAUGCAUUGAAUCACCGAAUUCUACCGUAAAAUUUGAAGAAAAAGGAGAAGCUAGCAAUAAAACUACAAAAAAUAUUGCUCUGACAUCAAAUAAUCAUAAAUUCAACAUAUCUUUAAGUACCCUAACAGAGUCGCCUUCAAUUUCAAUCAAAAUUACAGAUGAAAAAUUAUCAGAAAAAGCUCAAACAAUGACUGAGAAUAAAACUCUUUUAAGCGAAAAUCAGUCAAUUCCUAUAGAAAUAAAGCCAAAUCCAAAGGGUGAGCUUUCAGUUGAUGAAGCAUUAUUUUAUAUAGAAAUCAAGCCAUGUCCUAAAAAUGAACUUUUCUUACUCCCCCUUCCGUUUGCGAACAAAACCAUUUUGAAAAAUCCCUAUUUUUUGGCCAAAAACCUACCGUCGUCAACGAAAAAAUUUUUGAUAGAAAAUACAUAUGAAAAAUAAAUUUGGAAAACAUAGUGAUAAUUAAUAUAAUGAAAUCUCGAGCUAAUUCUGUUUAAGUUUUAACAAAACAUAAAUUUUGCGAAUUAAAUUAAUAUUUACUUUCCAAUUUUUGAGAAUUAAGUUUUUUAAAACCCAUUUAUAUAUAUAAAUUUUUGUAAAAAAAAUUAACCCCAACAAAUUUUUUUAUUCGCUUACGGAAGGGGGAGUUAGAAAAAUCCACUUUUACUAUAAAUAUAAAACCAGUUUUAAAGAAGGAAAAAUUCUGCAUUGAAAAAUCACAAUCAUCAGUAGCAAUUAAGCCGAACCUAAAAAGGACAAAAUUUUUAAUUCAAAUUCAGCCAUCUUCAAUUAUCAUCGAGCCAACAAAGAAUAAAGUUACUAAUGUAAUUACUAGCAAACCAGCUUUAGAAGCCUCUCCUAAUCCAAAAACUCCUGAAAAAGUUGAAAAGCAAGUGGAAGAAGUUAAAACUCCUAAAACCAGCAAAGUCUCCAAUUCAGCUACAACUCUGGCGAGUAUAGAUUCUUCUCCAAAAACUCCAAAUACAACAUCAUCGUCACCUGAAAGAUAUAGAGAAAGUACUUAUUCCUACUCUCAAGCAUCAACAACACCAUCAUAUUCUUACCUUCCUUCAACCUAUAGUCAAUCUUCAAUCUCGAGAUCUUCUACUUAUUCCGAUUAUUCUUAUACUAGCAGCUCCCCGAGCUGGGCAAGUACCUUUACAGGAAGCGCGACAAGGGAAUGGAAUGGAAACAUGUAUAGGCCAAAAAAGAAAGAUGGGACUCCAGAUAUGAGAUACAAAGCAAACUACAGAUAA